AUGUCUAAGAGCCAUGCUAACCGCGAUAGAGCUGACGGCAUCGGCUGGAGUGCCACGACAAGAAAGGGUGUCAGUUCAGCAUUACGAACUGGCAUUGAGUCUUCGUGCAGUCGUGCAGUCACGCAUAAUACACGUUACUAUAACGGAGCCGAGUUGGUACACUAUUCGUCUAUUGACUUGAUUCACCAGUGGAUACCAUGCGGUGCACCGGCGACUGCUGAUCAACCUGGGUCAUUAAAGCACCGCAAACGACUUGGUCACAUAAAAGCCUUGUUCGCAUGUUGGACUUGUCAUGGUUUAGCCAUCCUGCACAGACCACACGAUAACAGCACUGUACGUACUGCCAAACUCAAGUCUUCCUACUCAUGA